CCUGAUCGGUGAUGCUGCAGCAGCAAUAGGCUCAGUCCAGUGAUGAUGAUGAUGAGGGUAAAACCGCCCUGAGAGGAACAUUAUUCCUUUACGAGUGUGUGUGUGCGUGUGUUUGUGUGUGUGUGUGUGGCACUCUUAUUUUUUGAGGAAGUCAAGAGACUGAAGAAAAUGGACGACAUUUGCUGUGCGUGACGGAUUUUUACCCGCGUCAACGGUGAAGAAAUGGGACGAAUUUCGAGGAAUGAGGAGACGGAUCGAGGAGACACAUAUCUGCACUUAAACACCGAUGCUAGCCCGCUAGCUCUGCUCCCUAAUGUUUGGUCCUCCGACUCAUAACGUAACCAACAUUCAGGCACGGAGCUCAACACUUUUGAGUGCUCUCGUUUCGUUUUUUUAUUUUUAUUAGACUAAUGUAGGUGAACUAAAACGGUUAACUUUACAUGGGGACGUUCAGCAUCUUGCUACAUUAGUUAGCUGACGUUAAAGCUAGCCCCCCCCCCCAAAAAAAUACUUCGGCACACUAACGUAACGCUCGCUCAACCGUCAAUUAAUACCCACAGUUUAUGUGACAAUGACAUCACCCGCGGGGUUCGUUACACCGCAAUAAACGUGAAUAGUGUGAAGCUAUUUGCUAUAAUUUCGUUCUUGCAAAAACAACAAGUCUUCCCUGCACGUUUUUCAACUUGGGCAUCUUCAAAAAUGAAGUCAAAGAUCAAACAAAGUGUCUUACGUUUGCACAAUUUUACAAGGUAACGUUUCCCCCCCAAAAAGAAUAGUUGUAAUAGGUUGAUUAUACACUUUAUCACAACUAUGUCUGGGACUAAAGACAUGGACACUACGUGACUUUUGAGGCAUUUUUCUCUUCGUGUCAACAGACCGGUCUCCCCACACAUUAGCUUCUCUUCUGGCUCACAUGUGUUGAGUUGGGCCAGAGAGCUGAAGCUGGGACAUUCCUUCCAGAGCUGGCCACGACGUGCACUAGAAUGCGUCUUUCCUCUGUUCUGGCCGUGUUCAGGCCUGCGUUGCCUCUUAUUCUGGGGCUGUCUCUGGGCUGCAGUCUGAGCCUUUUGAUGGUGUCCUGGACACAAGGGGAUGCCGAUGACUCCUGUGGAGAUGAGCUGGGCAAUGGGAGACUGUUCACGGGCCGAGGCGAUGCCCAGAAGGACUCGAGGGAUGGAGCUGGAGACGAAGACUUCCAGCCGCGCAUCGUGCCCUAUCACAAGGACCCCAACAAGCCACACAAGAAAGUCCUCAGAACUCGUUACAUUCACACGGAGCUGGGCAUCAGAGAGCGUCUGCUGGUGGGCGUCCUGACCUCCCGGGCCACCCUCAACACGCUGGCCGUGGCGGUGAAUCGCACGGUCGCCCACCGCUUCCAUCGCACCUUCUUCUUCACGGGCCUGCGCAGCCCGAAGGUGCCUCACGGCAUGACCGUGGUCGCCCACGGCGACGACCGUCCCGUGUGGCUGAUGUACGAGACGGUUCGCCACCUCCAUCAGCACUACGGCUCCGACUACGACUGGUUCCUCUUAGCCCAGGACGACACUUACAUGCAAGCGGAUCGCCUGUCGGAGCUGGUGGGCCACCUCACUGCGGGUCAGGACCUUUACAUGGGCCGGGCGGAGGAGUUCAUCGGCGGAGAAGAGAAGGCACGCUACUGCCACGGGGGCUACGGAUACCUGCUGUCCCGCAGUCUGCUGGCCCGUCUGCAGCCCCACCUCGACACCUGUCGUAACGACAUCCUCAGUGUGAGGCCUGACGAGUGGCUGGGCCGCUGCAUCAUUGACUACCUGGGUCUCAGCUGUGUGGAGGUGCACCAGGAGAUGACCUAUCGGUACUUCGAGCUCGGGAAAAACGCAGAUCCAGAGCGUGAAGACGGCGUCCAGUUUAAAAAUGCCUUCACAGUCCAUCCGAUAUCAGAGCCCAAUCUCAUGUACCGCCUGCACAAACGCUUCAGCCAGAUCGAGCUGGAAUGGACUUACCGACAGAUACAACAGCUGCAGGUGCAGAUCAACAACCUGAGUGAACUGACCCCGGAGGGUAAAGCCGGAGUCACGUGGCCCAUCGGAAUCAACCCUCCCUUCAAACCGAGGACCCGAUUCGAGGUCAUAAACUGGGAGUACUUCACCGAGGAGCACAUGUACUCGUGCGUCGACAGCUCCCCCAAGUGCGAGAUGAGGGGCGCGGACCGCGCGGACGUGAGCGCCGUCCUGGAGGUCGCGGUGGAGCGGCUCAACGAGCGCUACCAGCCCCGGCUGCGUUUCCGCAAGCGCCGCCUCCUGAACGGCUACCGGCGCUUUGACCCCACGCGCGGCAUGGAGUACGUGCUGGACCUCGCGCUGGAGGCCUACACCCAGAAGGGCCACAGCCAAGUCAUCGCCAAGCGGGUGAACUUGCUGCGGCCCCUCAGCGCGGUCGAGAUCAUCCCCAUGCCCUACGUGACGGAGGCGACGCGGGUGCAGGUCAUCCUGCCCGUCACCGCCCAGGAUCAGGACUACGUGGGCAACUUCCUCGACAUGUACGUGAUGAACACUCUGGACACCCACGACAACGUGCUGCUCACCUUCCUGUUCAUCUACGACCCCUUCGACGCGCAGCGGGUCAGCCAGAGCGACGUGUUCGCCGGCAUCAAGGCCAUGAUCGGGGAGGUGGAGAAGCGCUACGGAGACGUGAAGAUCCCCUGGAUCAGCGUGAAGACGGAGGUGCCCUCCCAGGUGAAGCUGAUGGACAUCAUCUCCAAGAAGCACCCGGUGGACACGCUGUUCUUCCUGGCCGGCGUGUGGACGGAGGUCAACGCCGACUUCCUGAACCGCUGCAGGAUGAACGCCAUCAGCAGCUGGCAGGUGUUCUUCCCCGUCCACUUCCAGGAGUACAGCCCGGCCGUCAUGUCCCGCGACCAGCAGCCCUCCGCCGCCUCCUCCCCCUCCUUCGCGUCGGAGUCGCUGCGCGACGGCCACUUUGACCGCCACGUGUUCGACGAGGCGUGCUUCUACAACGCCGACUACAUGUCCGCGCGGACCAAGAUGGCCGCCGACAUCUUGGACAACGAGGAGCUGCUGGAAAGCAUGGACGUGUACGACAUAUUCGUCCGCUACUCGGGCCUGCACGUGUUCCGGGCCGUGGAGCCGGCGCUGAUCCAGAAGUACGUGCGGCGGGCGUGCAACCCGCGGUUCAGCGAGGACAUCUACCACCGCUGUGUCCUCAGCAACCUGGAGGGGCUGGGGUCCCGCUCACAUCUGGCCAUGGCUAUUUUCGAACAGGAGCAGGCCAACAGCACCUGAACGCCUCGCGGUGCCUCACGCGCACACGCGGCCUCACGCGCACAGAAGAAUGUGAAUCGGUACUUUUUGCGAUCCCGACACGGAAGUCACGCGGUAUUUGUCAGGAAGAGGAGCAGCGUCGUCUUGCUCAUGGACACUCUGAACGUCUUCGCUCACACACACACACACACACUCCACCUCGACCUGACUCACGAGUCCACAACUCGUCUCGUCUAGACUCUCGAUGACUCACGGAGGCGUCUCAACGGGACUACUGUUGCUUUGCUUUCCUGCCAUUCGCCUUACCGGGAGCCGAGCAACGAUAUUUAUACUUCCAUUUUUUCGUUUUGUUAAAUACAGGAGGUUGUGUCUGAACGCAGAGACUUGAGCCCGAAAGUCUUUCUGAGUGGAGAGGUUUGAAAUAAUACUGGGAACAAACUGAAGCCUUUUAUUCUAUUUUCUAAGAGGUAUUAAAGAGUGAUAUUUCUGUUCAGAGUUGUUUCCUCAUUCGUACUUCCCAUCAGACGAGAGGAGCUGAAGAAAGGGCCGACAUGGAGGGGACAUCGUGGGCGUUCCCGUGUCGCAUUCAGAAUAAUAGAAUGGAGUCUUUCCGGCUUGCCUCACAGCUCUUCACUGCGGCGCCCCGAGGCGGUGAACAGUUUGUUCCACAGCCCCGCCUCGUCUGACCACACGGAGUCACUAGAUCCCCACCCCACCCCGGCCCGGGCCUCCCUGGGUUCUGGCGAGUCCUCUGCACACACACACACGUCUUUGGGGAGAGAAGUGAACCCAGUGCCCAGAGGGAGGGUCUCGUCUGGCGAGCCGCGGGGGCCCCUCGCCGCGGUGGUGCGGGUGGUUAAUCUUCACGGCGAGGUGGUUGAAUAAGCUGAAUGGCUCACUUCACACCGCCUUAACCUCCCUCCCUCACACACACACACACACACACACACCUACAAAACGUCUCCAUGUGAGGGUGAAAGGGGCUCUUUCUGCAGUCAGCGUUACGGGGCCUCCACCUGCUCCCUUGUGGCGAGGCCCUGGCGGACAAUAAGAAGCCUGUUCGCCGCCUUCUGAGGAACGGAGGAAUGUAACCCGCCCAUGAGCGAGAGAGUUCCUUUAAUGGAGGGGGUAGUUUGGGAGGGCUGCACACUUAUUUGCAUGAUUGGGUCCUGCUUCUCCAGGACCAACAGUUAACAGCAUGGAAACAAAUAUGUGUGUGGGGGAGGGGGGGGGGGGAUUCAUUUGCUUUUUAUGAAGUGGAGUGCUUUUGUGGUGGAAUAUAAUAAAGAUGUGGAUGUCAAAGGGUGCAUUCGAGUAAUGUUGCAUGUUUGAGAGUUCUCACCUUUACCCAGAAUGAAAGAGUCCGGGUCGGUUACCCUCCCCGUGACCUCAGGUCAAAGUAUUCAUAAUAAUUACGACUUGCAGUACACAGUAUAAUAUGCGUAUAAAGUUCAAGUGAACAUUUAUGUUGUUUUUAAUUGAACAAAAGUGCAUUAAGACUGCCCCGCCCCCCCCCCCCCUUGCUUUAAAGCUGCUGACGAGUGUCAAACUAUAAUCAGGUGAAAACAGAUAAAGUGAGACAGAUGGAUGUCUCCAUUAGUUUCUGUGAUUGCUUUGUUUAUCCAGCACUAGUUCACUGUAUCACACGAGAGCACACAACGUGUCGUGUAUCAGCAAGAGGUCAAAUGUAUAACACACAUUGCAUCAAAUGUAGAUUUAGUCAUUUAAGUCAUAAUACGCAUAAAUGAAAUGGCUAAAAGAGAAGUCUGCACCCUUGUUCAGUUUUGUCUCAUGACUUCAUUAAAAUAAAAAUACAACACAGUU